ACACACACAGCCCCCCCUCACGGGGGGACGACGAGCGCCUGCGCAGUGGGGCGGCGGCUGCCCCCCCCCCCCCCCAAGGUCCCGUCCCUCUCCAGCCCGCGCUGUCGCGCCCCGCCUCCCACUCCGGGCCGCCUCGAUAACUCACAACAAAACCACAGCGAGCGGGGCAGGAGCCUGGUGCUGUCCACACACACGCACACACACACAGAGCCGGCGGAGUGAGAGUGAGAAAGAAGGAGGGAGAGGGAGGAAGAAAGAAAGAAAAUCGCUUCAACGCUGUCGAACAAAGGAAAUAACCGUCCGAUUAAAAGAUCGGAGGAGGGAGGGGGCGACCCUUCCCUUCAGGCGGUUGGAGAUUUUAUUUCUCUUUAAUGAUAGUUGCGUGAGGGGAGAGAGCUGCUUUGCUCGCCCUGGGCGACUGAGGAGGAUCGGAGCCCGCGGGCGGAGAAGUGGCGCCCUCCCCUCUCCUCUCCUCCACUCCACUCCAUCCCAGACGGCUGGCUGGCUGCCUCAGGCUGGGCUCCGCUCCUCAUCAAUCACUCCCCGCUCCCUCCCUCUCUCUCUGGUCGUUAUUUCCUCGCUCGCUGGCUCUCUCCUUUCUUCGACGGUGCGAAUCAUGUCGGCCCGCGUCUGGUUCCUGACAGAUCGCAGGAUCUUGCAGGAUUACCCCCAGCAGGAGAUCGAACGCGCCCUCCGACAGAAAUGCGUCGACGAGGAGGUCGAGUUUCGCAUGAUCUUGAUGGACGAGAUCGUCAUCACCAUCGAACAAGGAGCUUUGGGACUGCGUAUCAAACAGGAUCUGGUAACCAGUUACCCUCAGGUGGUGGUGGUUAGAGUUCCCACCCCUUCAGUACAGAAUGACAGUGAUAUAACAUUACUGCGCCACCUUGAGAAGAUGGGCUGUCGUCUAGCCAAUCGUUCACAGGCUAUAUUGCACUGUGUUAACAAGUUCUGGACAUUCCAGGAGCUAGCUGGUCAUGGAAUACCUUUACCUGACACUUUCUCUUAUGGUGGCCAUGAAAACUUUUCAAAAAUGAUUGAUGAAGCUGAGCCUUUGGGUUAUCCAGUAGUAGUUAAAAACACACGAGGUCAUCGAGGUAAAGCAGUUUUCCUGGCACGGGACAAGCAUCAUUUGACUGAUUUAUCUCACCUAAUACGACAUGAUGCUCCAUACCUUUUCCAGAAAUAUGUAAAGGAAUCCCAUGGGAAGGAUAUCCGUGUGGUGAUGGUAGGAGGCCGUGUAAUUGGUGCGAUGUUACGCUGCUCAACUGAUGGAAGAAUGCAAAGCAAUUGCUCACUUGGAGGUGUUGGUGUGCUGUACCAGCUGAGUGAACAGGGCAAGCAGUUGGCGAUCCAGGUUUCCAAUAUUUUGGGCAUGGACAUUUGCGGUAUCGAUCUUCUCAGAAAAGAUGAUGAUUCUUUUGUAGUGUGUGAAGCCAAUGCAAAUGUGGGUUUCAAAGCCUUUGACAAAGCUUGCAAUCUGGAUGUAAGCAGUAUCAUAGCGGACUAUGCCCUGUCGUUACUGCCAAGCAGACUGACCAGGAAAAUGUCACUUCUUUCUGUAGUUUCCAGUGCUAGUGAAACGAGUGAGCCGGAGGUAGGAGCUCCAGUCAGCGCCAUUCCGGAAGGUGUAUUCACCAUGAGUGUGGGAUCAAGUUCCAGUGAGAGUGACCCCGAAAUAGUGGAGGUCAGGGAUUCUGACACUACUGCUUCCAGGUCCAUGCACACUGUACUGCCUGAACCAGGCUACAACAUGAACAAUCUCAUAAAUACUGAAAUUAAACUAUUGAGUGAGUGAGAUGAGAAAGCUCUACUUAUAGGUAUAAACAGGGGUGCUUUCCCAGCUCAGCUGGAGAAAAAGGUAAAAGAAUUAACAGAAGGGACAUGAUCUAAUUUUAUUUUCUCCCAUAUUAAUCAUUAAGUCUGAGUUUGUGGAAAAACCCAGACUGAUGACAACCAUCAAUCCACUCCAGGUGGGUUAUGCUGUCUCGAUGCCAUUGAGGUGGAUGGGUGGGAGUAUUCAUUAAGCACACCAUGUAUAUUUAAUUCAGUAGCACUAUAGGAUGAGUUCAGUUGAUUGGUUAAAAAGCAUGGCCUUGCCAAUAAGAAUGUAGCUGGUUAAUGCCUGAAGGCAGAGACCAGUUAUUGUUGUGGAGAAAACCCUCCCAUCAGUGCUAUUUGGGAAACGCAUGGCCUUUGCUUGACACCUUUCUAUGUUGACAUGGUUGUUAUCAUGAACUUCCUGUAUUUGGAAUCAAUCUCUUGCCUCUCUACAAUGAACUGCCCAUCCAUGUUAUUUUCCUUUCCUUAGAUUAGGUGCUACCCGUAUCCCUUGUUUUUCUGUCUACUGUAUUAACAGUGCUACUUGGACUGCACAUAAUUUAAGCAUUUUUCAGGAAUUUUGGUAGGAACAAUUUGAACUGAUGGGCUAAUUAACAAAUGGGUCAAUUAGUAUUCCAGAGCAUAAAGUCACUAACAAACUUGGAUAUUUUAGCUGUCUUCACAGCAUAAGGAUGGAGCAAAUACAUUAAAUUAAAGUAAAAUUAUAGCACAAACCAAAAAUAAUAUAAGCUGCAAUUUCAAUUCUUCUCUCCCUUUUUCUCGAAAAAUAAAUUCUUUGAAUUGUAAGGUUAAAAUGCUGAUGAGCAAAUAAAUAAAUGUCUGCAGAAGAUGAAUGACAAAACAUUAAUUGGCAGUGUGAAAAAUGACAUGGCUAAUCAUUUAAUAUUCUUAAUGGGCUUUGAAAGUUGGAAUAUGAUGUUGCCUACCAGGCUAAUUAAUGGAUGAAGAAUGCAUCUUGAGGGUAUGGAAAAACAAGUUGCUAAGAAGAAGUUUAUCUUUGUUUUAAAGUGAGAGAACUACUGAGUGGAGAUUCUAUUAUGAGAUUGAUGAAUUCUUCAUUUUAUUUGUCAACUCAGUUGAUUAACUUGUAGUUCCAUAAAAAACAAUCUUAGGCAUAACAUUGAAGUAUCAGAGGAAUAAAUAGGUUGAGUAGUCUCACGCUUUGAUGGAGAAAAUCUUUUGGUUCAUGACUGACUAAGUUAAUAUGUGGUUUGAAUGCAUUAUGUUACAGCCCCAAUGCUCUCCAUCAUUUUAAUUUUGGUUGCUAAUACUUGUACCAACAUUGCAGUUUAAGGUGAACAUAGACUGUCCUCUUUGAAGCUUGUGUCCCCAGUGUUUUUACCCUGAAUAAUAUCGUUAAAGUUAUGGGUGAAGUGUUGAAAUGCAUAUCUGCAUUUAACCUGCGGAUUUAAUCGGCGAAAUGCACAAGGUGCAGAAUGCAUAGAGUUUAGUAAGAACUAGAAAAUUAUAAUUUUACAUGAUUGUUUGCAAAUUGGAUGUUUAUAUCUCAAAAUAUUGAUUAUCUGUCAGGUGGGUAAUAUCCACAAAAUGUGCGAAUACAGAGGAUUGACUGAAUUAUUUCAGGCAUGCCAGAAGUCAGCUCCAACUUCUUGAACAAUUGUGCUUCUGCUGUGAAGAGAUAAAGUAAUUGUAUUUAUAAAUUAUAUCUUCCAGUAUAAUUCGCACAACGUUGCCAUCAAGUUGUUCUUUUCAAAUGUCAGUAAUUGUUGGUGAGAUUCAGUGCACAUUUCUGAUUGUGUGACUUCUGGCAGUGUGUGUAAAUGUCAGCAAGCACAAGUUCAGACACUUUAAAAGUACUAGUAUUUACAAGGUAGUAACUUGAUUUUAAUUGAAUCUUAGUUGAAUCAUAAGCUUAUUUCACCAUACGGUUAUUAAUACUGGCAAUUUUAAACAAGAGCCAUCAGCAUAUUUAGCGAUUGUGUCAUGAAAAAUCAAUUAAAAUGGCUCUGUUAAGUGGCAGCUGCUAUGUCGGAUGAGAAGUUACAUACUAACCUAGUCAAUUCAUUAAAUAUACCCAUUUAAGAAA